AUCACUCAGGUCGGACAAAACUUGGAGGGCACUUUACCACGACUGACAUCACCGCCAAAACCCUCGACACCCGUUAACCCCCUCCACUAAAUUCAUCCCUUCCUCCUCAACCACCGCUCAUUCGCCGCCAUACCACCGGGAGUUCCCGUUUUGACACACCUCGAAUCUCUAAUAAAGCAGGGAAGAUGAAUCUGAACAAUGUGAAGGUACCCAGGAUGCCUAAUGGUGGUGCAGCUUCUGCAUUGGUAAAGUUUGGAGUUGUUAUUGGUAUUGGAUUAUAUGCAGCUGGGAACAGUUUGUACAAUGUUGAAGGAGGGCAUCGUGCAAUUGUCUUCAACCGUAUUGUUGGUGUCAAAGACAAGGUUUACCCAGAAGGGACCCACAUCAUGAUCCCUUGGUUUGAAAGGCCAAUCAUAUAUGAUGUUCGUGCACGACCCCAUCUUGUAGAAAGCAAUUCUGGUAGCCGUGAUCUUCAAAUGGUGAAAAUAGGGCUUAGAGUUCUUACGAGACCUGUUGCUGAUGAAUUACCUUCUGUGUAUCGGACUCUUGGUGAGAAUUACAACGAGAGAGUUCUUCCUUCAAUCAUUCAUGAAACUUUGAAAGCUGUGGUGGCUCAGUAUAAUGCUAGCCAGCUCAUCACCCAGAGAGAGGCUGUUAGUAGGGAAAUAAGGAAAAUACUAACAGAAAGGGCAGCCAAUUUCAACAUUGCACUUGAUGACGUGUCAAUAACAAGUCUUACUUUUGGGAGAGAGUUUACAGCUGCCAUUGAAGCAAAACAAGUGGCUGCACAGGAGGCUGAGAGGGCUAAGUUUGUGGUGGAGAAGGCUGAGCAAGAUAAGAGAAGUGCAAUCAUCAGAGCUCAGGGAGAAGCAAAAAGUGCCCAACUGAUUGGUCAAGCGAUUGCCAACAAUCCCGCAUUUAUAACACUCAGAAAAAUCGAAGCUGCUAGAGAAAUAGCAACAACAAUGGCUAAUUCAUCCAACAAAGUCCUUUUAAAUGCUGAUAAUCUUUUGCUAAAUCUUCAAGAAAUGAACCUCGAAAAGAAAUAAUUAACAUUCGUUUUCAAAACGAGAAAUGAUUUUGUAAUGGAAGUGGGGUGGCUACUAAAAAGCAUAAAAAGUUGUGGGUGCUAUUAGAUCUUAAAGAUUUUGGAUAUUUUUCUAUAUUAACUACCUCUUUGGUCA